CCUAGACAAAAUAAACUUUCUCUUUAAUUUAAAUUUAAAAUUAUGUUUUUUUUUCUUAUUUAUUUAAUUAUUAUAUCUUUGGAACUGGAAGCACUAGUAGUACUUACUUAUCAGACUAAUAACUUAUCAGCUUGUGAUUGUUAAAGCAGUACUUGGAGUUUAUUGUUCGUAAUAUCCUGUGAUUCAUACCGGCUUCUCCAUUAUUUAUAGGAUAUAAAGAAAUAUCAGGCGGUUUUCAACUAAACAAAUGGCAAAGAUUCGAGUUUUAAUUUUAGGUGGUUGUGGCUUUAUUGGAAGAAAUCUAGUGACCUAUCUAUUAAACAACGACUUAGUAAGCUCCAUUACAUUAGUCGACAAAGUCCCACCUCAAGUGGCUUGGUUGAAUGAAAUCCACAGUGAUAGUUUUAAAAACAAACUGGUACAAUUUCGCAGUGCUAACCUCAUUAAUCCUGAUUCUUGUAAAAAUGCCUUUAGUUUACCAGACGGAUCCACCUGGGAUUUGGUGGUAGAAACUGAACUAGCUGAAACUCCCAAUCUUCAAUACACUAUUUUACGUUUACCAUUAGUUUACGGCCUAGGAGAUAAAAACUAUGUAACGCCGCGCAUUUUAGCAGCUGCUAUUUACAAGGAACUUAAUAAGACUAUGAAGCUUCUGUGGAAUGCAGAUUUAAAAACCAAUACUGUACAUGUAGUCGAUGUUUGUAGGGCUAUUUUGUUUUUGUAUGAAAGAGGAGAUAGUGUUGGCCAAAUAUAUAAUUUGGUUGAUGAUGGUGAAACGACACAAGGUAUACUUUCUAAUAUGCUCGGGGAUAUUUUCCAUAUAGAGAUUGACUAUUAUGGAAAAAUCGUUUCGUCUUGCAUUGAUAUUGAAGGUGCAGUUGAAGAAGCAAACGACAGACAUCUAGUAAGUGCAUGA